AUGAAGAAGCCGGGAGCCGGCUCCAGCAAGAGCGGGCUUGGUUCCAUCGGCAAAAGUGGACUUGGUGGCGGAAAGAGCGGAGUCACUUCAGGCAAGGGCAGUGUAAUGGGCUCUUCUAGCAAAACUGGGAGUUCCACCGCCAAAAGUAUUAGUUCUACUACCAAAAGCUUCUCAAGUCCUAUAAGUAAGAACAGCGGUACAUCGAUAUCGAAAAGCGCUAGCCCUAAAACAUCGAAAUCAUUCGAUUUCUCACCAAGUAAAUCAAAGCCCCUCACUCCGUCAUCACCAAAAAGCUACCCGUCGUCAUCUUCGUAUGACGUAUACGGAACACCUAAGAGUGGAAAAUCGACAACCUUUGGCAUUAUAUGGAUUCCAACCGGCAAACGCAACAAAAAGAAGGACAUUGUGCUCAACUACAAUAAUGACGAUCGACGACGGGAGAGGUCGCCCUCUUUCUACAAACUCAUGUCUGGUGAUUCUCAUGACACAACUCACAAGAAGACCGAUGAUGACACAGGCUUAUUAAUUGGUCCGGAUCGCAAGUUACCCACGGCCACAUUAGCUGCUACAGAAACGGCGGUGGCAGCGAAUAUUACAGCUUCCAACGUAGAUGAGAAACAGCACCUAAUAAAACAAGACAAUGAUGAAACUAAAGAGGCAGCUGGUGACGCUAAGGACAAUGAAGACACUGAUGAUGAUAAAGACUAUUUAAGCAAUGAGGAACCCAUAAGACAUAAAUUGCCAGACACCUCUGAACCAGAUAGUGUUUACCUCCGGGCCCCACCUCCGCACAAAGCUCGAUCAACCACCUCUACACCUGAAGACGACAGCUGUGGUAUUAAGUGUCUGUAUUAUACUCUGCAAUGCUGUGAUUGUGUUCUUAUGUAAGCUGCCAUGCAUUUUAGAGGUAGGUAUGUUUCUUAAGGCCUGGAGCCAAUAGGAAUGCUGGUGUUUGCAAUUGUCAUUGAAUUUUUUAAUUAUUUUCAAGGAAAUGAGUAAUUUAUACAUAAAUAUAGCUCGAGCAAUCUAUGGCAUGAAUUGCAAAAUAUUGUAAUAUUAUGAUGAUAAUGCUUCAAGACCUGAUAAAAUAAUUCUAGAAAUUGUAAAUUAUCUCUUUGGUUAUAGUACCAUUUUGAUUUUUUGUUGAUAUCAAAGAUAAGCAUUCACUCACUCAAGACUGACAGUUUAUUAACUUGAAACUUUAAAAACAUGCUAUUGUGGUAUUAAUCUUUCAAAAUGUGAUAAGAACAGUGACUUUUUCUCACUAUAUUUAUCAAUUUAUCAUGGCGCCCUAUUGAUUCCCGGAGUAAACUAAUGUUGAUUUUGGAUAAUGGACAAUGAUUUGCAGACAAUGCAGACGGGUUCUCUAAGUAAAGUUUGGGAGAAUUUCAUCAUGCAAUUGGUUGUUUUCAAGAGUACCUAGUCAGUAGAUAGAACAUUUAUGUGCAGAUUUAUUUUUAUAUCAAAUACAAUAAACCACUGGCAGGAAUGUGAAUCUUGACAUAGUAUUGUAUGACAAAAGAUACCUACUAAUAAAUCAGUCUGCAGAAUGAUAUUAAGCGAAACAUUGUCCGCUAAAUGAUAAUCUGCAAAAAAAUUGUCACAGUAUUUUUAGAAGCCCAUUUAUGAGAUUCCAAACAUGCAGUUAGUUUGUAUGAGCAUUUAAACUUUUAUAAAAUGUAACUUUUCAAUACAAAUUGAAAGGAUAAGAAAGUUGAAAAAAACUUUUUACAAGUGAAGAAAUUUCGUGCUGAAAGUUUAUUCUUGUGAUUAAUUCUCCCAGGAGAUAUUUGCUUGCACAAUCUGUAAGGCUGCUUUAAGUUUUAGUUCAUAAAAUAAGCCAUUUAAGAAACAAUAUCCUAUACAUUUGUGAUAAUGACAAAUCAGAGAUCUAUUUUUAUAAAUUCAUGUUUUGACUUCUCAUGAGAUCUUUAUAUUAUACAUAAGUUUAAGUAAACAUAAGAUGGAAUUACCUAUGUGAACACCAUUGUAUGGUGCUACUUUUGGGUCCUUAUGAGUAAUGGUGUAUAUCUAUUACUAGAUUAGGUGCUUUCAGAAUCACUAGUUUACCAGACUGUAAACGCCCCUGUGAGCUUUAUAUCGUCUAUACAAUAAUUGUUAUGUUACUUUAAAUAUGGACCAUUUGAUACAGAAGACUCCUGAGGGCACAUUUACAUAAGGCUUACAAUAAGCAAAGCAAACUCGAACAAGAAGAAGGAAAAGGGAAGGGGAAGGGGGGAAGGGGGUCAGUUAUCUCUGCAGCUAUCAAUAGGUAGCAUCCAAAGUAUUAAAAUAGUUCGGUACACCAUAUAAUUUGUAUGGCGUUCCAGACUAUUUGAAUACUUUGGAAUUUUGGAUGCUACCUACUAGGUAUAUGACUCUGACUGUACACUGACAGUGGCUUACUAUAAGCAAUGAUUGUUUUAGAUGUGUAAUGUCCCUGGUUGGAACUAUCAAAUCAGAAGCGCGAAUUUGUCUUAGACUUAAACAAAAUUAAUACUAUACUUUCCAUUUCGCUGGCCCAAUAUUACAGGGUUCAGUGUUUCACUUUUAUCGAACUGAAAUUUGAACAUUAUCAUAGUGACAUUAAGUCAAAUUUCAACUACCUUAUGUAACAUAGAACCCUGUAAUAUUGGGCCAGCGAAUUGUCUUUGCUGUGAGCCAGAAACUAUGAGUCUAAUGUGAAUGUGCGUUAGAUUAGAAGUCUUCAUUUGUACAAAAAAGAAUGAAUUGUAGUUGAUAUAUGUUUUGAGUAUGUACACCCUUUUGUACUGCCAGUAAAUAAACUGUUUACCUGAUGAAGUGUAAAAGAUAUUUUAGUAUAAAUAAAUAAAAAUAUGCG